GGGGGGGGGGGGCGAGGCGCCCGCCCGCGGGGCCGCAGCCUCGCCCCGCAGGCCCCGCCGAGAGCCAUGUGGCGGAGCGCUUGCUGCCACCGCAGGCCCGGGCGGCAGGCCCGGGCUGCGCUCGCCGUCGCAGCCGCGCCCGGGGUGCCCCCGCUGCGGCGGCUCGCCCGGACGCCGCCGCGCCACGAGGUGAGGCUGGAGAUGCCCCCAGAGGAGGAGGAGCACGCGGGAGAAGCGACGGCGCGCAAAGACGUCGCCGUGCUGCCCAAGCGCGCCUCGAGGCCCUCGGCGCGGCGCACGGGCACGCCGCUUGGCGACCCGCUGGAGCUCUCCGCCAGGCGGGCGGGCGGCUCGCCCGAGGACUCUCGGGCAGCGCCGCGGGCGGGGGCGGCCCUGGCCGAUGGAGGCGUGCCCGCGCUCCUCGGGCACGCCAUGACGGUCCCUGCCAUGCUGUGGCUGAAGGACCGGGUGGGCAGGCACAGGCCGAGGUCGGAGGGGGAGGACGACGACGUGGAGACCGCGUGCAUCAGGUCGCACGGGGUGUGUGGCCGGUCGUCCUCGAUUACGAACGUGGGCUCCUGGGAGUCCCUGGCGGGAGAUCGGUCCGAGGUGUCCGAGCACUUGGAGCUCGCUCCGGCGCACAGCGACAGGGCUUCGGAGGCGGCCUUACAAUUGUUCACUGAAGGUGGAAUCAAUGUUGCUGGUCCAGUAUCGAGCUGCCUACGGAAAAUCCCGCCACCGUGCCAGCGUAACAUCGAAAUUCACGCAGAUCGCCGUUGGAAAAUUGGAGAAAAACUGCCAGACAGGCGCCAGGCAUCCUGAUGCGCCCAGCGUGCCAGGGCACGGCGGCGGGGUGAUAUCCCUGGACAAGCGGCGUGGCCCCAUCGGUGUUGUCGUGAGCGGCUCUUCCGGCGUCCCGAGGGUGUCGAAGAUCACAGGCGGUCUGGUAGCGGAGUGGAACAACCACCAUCCGCACUGCAAGGUAAGCGCAGGCGACACGAUUCUGGAGGUUAACGGUGUGCGCGGGGACCCUAUCGCGAUGUUGACGGAGCUCGCGCGUGGCCCCGACGUCGUGCGUUUGCUCGUUCUCCCUGGGCUGCAGCCGGCCGGGGCGACGCAGUCAUAGGGUCCAAUGCUCACUGGCGGUUGCCGCGCGAUUUCGCUCGCCCGCUUUGCAGAUGGCCAUCCUUCAAAGGAGGAACAGGUGCCAUUCUUGCUACCCUUGCCCUGUUUUCGCAUUUUAGCAGCGGUAUCGGUACCCUUUCGUUCACCCAACCCUGAUCGUUCCUCUCUCCCGCCAUUUCUGUUCUCGGCAUAUCAUCCCCACGCCAGCGGCAGUUGAGAAGUAUAACACUUCAGUUGCCGCUAGCGGAAUUGCAGGUGGUUGCUAAUGUCCUCUUUGCGUUGCUUGUGACGUCAUACGCGUUAGCAUUUUCUUUUCAGUGAGAAGAGCACUGUGGUCGGCAUCGGCAGUGAAUCGCUGAUCCAUGCCUCCCCACGAGCCCAGAAGCCAAAUGCACAGUUGAAGGGUAUUGCUUUUGAAUUUGUGGUGGUUCCUCUCAGCAUCUGUUCUGCGAGUAUGGUUUGGAGCCCGUCUUUCUUCCUGCUGUUUAUGUCUUCUUAGGUGGAUCCCUGUUUGGAGCUAGCGGUAGCGUCUUCAAUGUAGCAGGAUUGUACCUGGGGAUCUUUUAACAGAGGUCAAGGCACCUCUCUGUAGUCGCUGGCGGGGUAUGCAGACGAAUCCAUGUGGAGUUAAGUUGUUGUUGUUGCUGUUGUUUCAAUCGGGCGGCGAAUGAGGGAAAACCAUGGAUGGCAGAAACAAGGGAGCUGACGCGGCGUGCGCAGAUCAAUUAGCGUUAGAUCGACGAAUGUUGGCGUAGUGCUCGACGCCGUCUCACUGACGGCCUGCACGGACGAGUGUUGCUUGGUUUGGAGGUCCCCCAUCGUAGGAUGAGCGCUGGCAUCUCUGGCAUCUUCCAAUGACGACAACCUAUCUAAUUUGUUCCGCUGGGUCGGGAGGUUCCCUCUCGGACGUUUGGGAAUGGGGAGGAUGAGUAUUGCCAUUUUGUCCUCGAUUCCAUCGGUUCCGCUGAGGGCUCUCACCAAGCGGCGCGUGUUUAGUGAUCCAUCCGUUUGCUCUCCUCCUCCUCCUCCUCCUCCUCCUCCUCCUUUGUUCGUUCUGGCCCGACGCUGGCCUCUACUGGCAGCGCCGUGCCACUGUCGCCGCACUCGUGCUCCUCUGGAGGAUGAGGAGGGUUAUUGUAAGGGGGUGGGGGAG